UUGCAACUUAAUAGUAUAAUAAAGCCAACAUUUUUCUAUACUACUGUAGCGCAUUUAGCUCGAAUUGCCGGAUGUUUCAGGUUUGGAGGAAGGUUCCUGUCUGCAGCUGUGUACUCCUCCGUCUACGAGCGGAUUCACAUCAUAGAAUUACCGAAAGACUCCGCUACGACCUGGAUACUGUGUUUCUUCACUCAGGAUUUAGUCUACUAUCUGGGACAUCGAGCUGUGCAUGGUAAUUUUUCACACAAGGCCGGAGUGCUUUGGUCCUUUCACCAAAUGCACCAUUCAUCUGAGUAUUACAAUCUCAGCACAGCACUGCGACAAGGAGUAGUCCAGGAUUUCGUGAUGGUGCUCUUCGAUCUGUUGCAAGCUCUUGUGAUUCCGCCGAAUAUUUUCAUCGUUCAUCGCUACCUCAACCUUCUCUAUCAAUUUUGGCUACACUCCAACGCGGUUCCAUAUCUCGGUCCUCUUGAGUACUUCCUCAACACACCGUCCAGUCACCGUGUGCACCACGGUCGCAAUCCGUACUGCAUUGACAAAAACUAUGGAGGCACUUUAAUUAUCUGGGAUAGGCUUUUUGGCACAUACGAACCUGAACGAAGAGAUGAGGAGAUCGCCUACGGAUUGGUUACCCCAGUCGCCUCAUUCAGUCAAAUUUGGUGGGCAUCUAAAAUUCAAUCACACCAAGAAAUAGAAUUUCAGGUGAAAGCCGCAUUAUGGCCUCCGGGGUAUUUUCCUGGCAUGCAAACGAAAAACUUCUUUCUGUGGCUCUGUAUGAAAGACAGCACUGAAGGAAUACCUGAGGUGUAUUUGUAUUUUUUCCUUGUGAUACAGUACUGUCAAGUAGGACACAGAGCUUGUUGCCUACGACUGGUUCGCCAGUCGUCAUCACCGCUCUCAUUGAUGGUUUCCAUAUGA